AUGUUCAAACGGUUUUCCAUUACAGAAAAUGAGAUCGUGGAUAUUCUUAUCACAUUACUCUUGGGAAGGCCACAGGGGAAGGUGAUGGAAUAUGAAAACAGAAUCCGAGCUUACUCCACUCCAGAUAAAAUCUUUCGAUACUUUGCCACAUUGAAAAUAAUCAAUGAGCAUGGCGAUUCAGAAGUAUUUAUGACCCCACAAGAUUUUGUGCGAUCUAUAACACCGAAUGAAAAGCAACCAGAAAACUUAGGCCUUGAUCAGUUUGUGGUGAAACGCUAUGACGGGAAGAGAAUCUCCCAGGAACGUGAGAAAUUUGCAGAUGAAGACAGCAUCUUUUAUGCACUUGGAGAAUGUGGCUUGAUUUCCUUUUCUGACUAUAUCUUCCUCACUACAGUCCUAUCGAGUAAGUAUAUGUUUUUGUUCCACGCUGUUUCCAUUUUAAUUUUUUCUAAGCAAAACAACAUUUGACUGUAUACUUUGCUUGCU